AAACUUCUCUCUUCGCACCCCCUUAUGUAACUUGUAUAGUUAUAUAAAUAAUAAUACUCCCACACUCCCAAUCCUCAGUUCAGUGCUUGUGCUGUCCACGCUCUCACCAUCGUUAGGGUUUAUACGUUUUCUCUCUCAUAUUUCGUUUCAGAGUCUGUGAAAAUGGUGAAGAACUACCCAGUUGUGAGCGAGGAUUACUUGAAGGCUGUUGACAAAUGCAAGAGGAAGCUUAGGGGUCUCAUCGCUGAGAAGAACUGCGCUCCUAUCAUGCUUCGUCUUGCAUGGCACUCUGCUGGUACAUUUGAUCAGUGCUCAAAAACUGGAGGUCCAUUCGGAACCAUGAGAUUCGAGGCUGAGCUUGCGCAUGGUGCCAACAAUGGUCUUGAUAUUGCUUUGAGACUCUUGGAGCCCAUCAGGAAGCAGUUCCCCACCAUCUCUUUUGCUGACUUCUACCAGCUGGCUGGAGUUGUGGCUGUUGAAGUUACUGGAGGACCUGAUGUUCCAUUCCACCCAGGAAGGCCGGACAAGGCUGAGCCACCUGUUGAAGGCCGCUUGCCCGAUGCUACCAAGGGAUCUGACCACCUGAGGGAUGUGUUUACCAAACAAAUGGGUCUGACCGAUCAGGAUAUUGUUGCACUCUCCGGUGGCCACACCCUGGGAAGAUGCCACAAGGAGCGAUCUGGAUUUGAGGGACCAUGGACCUCAAACCCUCUCAUCUUUGACAACUCUUACUUCACUGAGCUUUUGAGUGGAGAGAAAGAGGGUCUUCUGCAAUUGCCAACAGACAAGACUCUUCUCACUGACCCUGGCUUCCGCCCAUUUGUUGACAAAUAUGCUGCGGAUGAGGAUGCAUUCUUUGCUGAUUAUGCUGAGGCUCACCAGAAGCUCUCUGAGCUGGGAUUCGCCGAGGCCUAAGCUGGACAGUGUUGCUGUGCGAGAGUGAUGACCUAUUUUGCUCAGAUUUAUAUUCUGCUCGGAUUUAUGUUCUAAUUUUGGGAAAAACAUGUUGGAUCUGUUUUAUGCUUGUUUCAGUGGAUGUAUUAGUUUUUUGUCAUUGUUGCUAUCGAUAAAUGAAUGAUAUGCGGUCAUCUCUUUCAGAAUA